CAUAUCAGCUCAAAAGGUCUAAUCACGUUUUGCGACUGAGUCACUGGCCAGAUUUUCCCACCCAAAAACUCAACAAGAUAAAACUUUUCCCCCGCAUUCACUUGCUAAGUCCACAAUUCAUCUCACCAAAUAGUCACGAAAUGGCCGCCGUGGAGAAUGCUGAGCCCCGCACGGAGCUGCAGGAACUGCAGUUCAAGUCCGGCCAGGUGGCAAAUGAAUCCCUGGAGAGCACGCGUCGGAUGCUCAGCCUGAUGGACGAAAGCCAGGAGGCGGCCGUUUGUACCCUGGUGGCCCUGGACCACCAGGGUGGGCAGCUGGACCGGAUUGAGGAGGGCAUGGACCAGAUCAACGCGAACAUGCGGAAGGCGGAGAAGAAUCUUAGUGGCAUGGAGAAGUUCUGCGGCAUCUGCGUGCUGCCCUGGAAGAAGGUGAACACCAAGAGCGACAAAGAGAACGCCUGGAAGGCCAUCGAUUAUGGUAAGAUCGUGGCCAUCCAUCCGCAGCGGAGUCCUCCAGCGCAGACCGGCUAUGUGACCAGGAUUACGAACGUUGCACGCGAGGACGAGAUGGACAAUAACCUUAGGCAGGUCAACUCCAUGUUGGGUAACCUGCGCAACUUGGCCCUUGAUAUGAGCUCCGAGCUGGAGAAUCAGAACAAGCAGGUGAACCGCAUCAACGCCAAGGGCGAUGACAACAACAUUCGCAUGGACGGCGCCACCAAGCGCGUCAAGAACCUGCUCAAGAGUUAAAUAUGCACAAAGGACAACAUUCGUUUGAUAUCUGUGC